GCCACAUGGAUGUUCUAUCAAUAAUCAGUUAGGCUUCAGCAUUUGAGUCAUGCAGAUGUAUAGUUUCUGCAUAAAUCUGCGGAUUUAUUUUUUUGGGAUAGUGCAGCCUAAUGUUUUAUUUUUUAGUGUGUUGGAUAGGAUAUCAUUGUGGUGAGCUGGUCUUGAGUUCAGUCUAACGUUACCUAGCUAGUCUUUCUCGCAGAAUUCAAAGGAAGGGGAACGUGUCGACGAAGAUACUCAAGUCCACACGAUGAAUAACAAACCUGGGAAAAAGCAAAGCAACACAACCAAGAGGACUAUACAGUAUAACACUAAUGGGGUUACUUUCAACUCCAUCCGAAUAAAAAAAGAACCAGGAGACUUUGAACGGAAGGAAAUUGGUGACCAUUCCAAACGUCCUUUGCUGGAGAAGCAAAAGCACAUCAAGCAACAUCAAACUACGUCCAGCCAAGCGACCCGUUAUAGCAAGAUAUCGAGGAGUCCUGUGGUGAUACUAACAAAAUUGUCCAACGUGGUGCUUAAGACUCUUCUGAGAGAAACUAAAGUGCGUUUGGUGAAGGAGGAGACAGAUGCCAGGAGGGAUGAAGACAACAGUGAAGUCUGUUCUCCGCAGUUCUUUCCUUGUCCACACUGCACCAUCUCCUUCACUGACUGUUACUUCCUGGAGAACCACAUCAAGACCAAACACCAGAAGCAGUACCUGGCCAUGCUGAAAAGCCACGUCUCAAAGAGUAAAACCGUGUACGCCCCCACACACAGCUGUCCCCAGUGCAGCUGCAUGUUCCAUACCCCACGACAGCUACACAUCCACACCCGCCAGGCCCACCCCUCCGCCCUUCCCCAGAAACCUGCCCGUCCCCCCAGGGUUCCGGGGAAACUCCACCCCUGCCCGCAGUGUGCCCGUAGAUUCCCGUACCUGGGAACCCUGCUGAAGCACUGCAAGAAUUUGCACAAAAUGGCUGUUUUUCGCACCGAUGGUCAUAUCAGUUGUGCUGACUGUGGGAAGAGCUUUGAAAAUUGCUGGGGACUAGGGCCACACCGGUGUCAAGAACCAGAGGGCACUAAACCUAAGGACACUAAGACUGUGGUCUGUCUGGAAGUCGGCUUCCAUUGCUCAGAGUGUGGGAAGAUCCUCAGUACUCCUACGAGCCUGGACACUCACAUGCGCAUCCACACUGGAGAGAAGCCGUACGAAUGUAAGGAGUGCGGCAAGCGCUUCUCAGAGAACAGCGGUUACCGUUAUCACUCGUUAAUACACUCGGGGCUCAAGCCGUUCAAAUGCCAGGACUGCGGGAAGACUUUCAAACGGAAGUCGCUCCUCUGGACUCACAUGUCGGUUCACACUGGUGAGCGGAAGUUCUCCUGCACCCAAUGCGAUAAGCGGUAUGCAAGCAGGGCCCAUCUGAAGCUUCACCUGCGAACACACUCAGGGGAGAGACCUUUCAAAUGCACCGUUUGUGGUAAAGACUUUGCUGACAAAGCUUAUCUGAAAACACACCUGAAGAUCCACAGCAACGAGAAGAACUACCACUGUGGGGUUUGUGGGCGGGCGUUCUUGAGGCUGGGGUUGUUGAAGUUACAUAUGCGCUCACAUACCGGGGAGAGGCCCUACCACUGCACAGUGUGUGACAAGAAGUUUUUUCGACUCUCACACCUGAAGAACCAUCACCUGACUCACACGGGUGAGAAACCAUACACCUGUACCGAGUGCAGUAAAAGCUUCACUCAGUCUGGGGAUCUGUCCAAGCACAAGCUCCUACACACUGGGGAGAAGCCAUUUGAAUGCCCUGAAUGCCCCAGCCGGUUUAACCGUUCUGGUUCUCUGUCCAGUCACAUGAGGACCCACACUCACCGUGAUAUAAAGCCAUACUCCUGCCAAGAAUGUGGGAAGAGCUUUUAUGAACAGAGUCACGUCAAAGUCCACAUGAAGACCCACACAGGGGAGAGACCGUAUCCCUGCCCCCACUGCCUUUUCAGCUUCACUCGGAAAGCACAUCUCUCCAAACACCUGCCUAGAUGUCGUAAAUGAUCAUGGUUGCCAUUUUUUAUGACACCUUUUUUAUUAUGAAAUUCAUUGUAUUCAUAGGAAUCACUUUUAGAUGAAUCCACCACAGUAAAACAAUAACGUUAUAUAGUCAUGGAAAACAUUGAAACAUUAUUAUACUGAGCAAAAAUAUAAACGCAACAUGUACGGUGUUGGUCCCAUGUUUCAUGGGCUGAAAUAAAAGAUACACACAAAAAGCUUAUUGCUCACAAAUUUGUUUACAUCCCUUUUAGUGAGCAUUUUUUCCUUUGCCAGGAUAAUCCAUCCACCUGACAGGUGUGGCAUAUCAAGAAGCUGAUUAAACAGCAUGGUCGUUACACAGGUGCGCCUUGUGCUGGGGACAAAAGGCCCUAAAAAAAUGUGCCAUUUUGUCACGAAACACAAUGCUAGAGAUGUUUCUAGUUUUAAGGGAGUGUGCAAUUGACUUGCUGACUGCAGGAAUGUCGACCAGAGCUGUUGCCAGACAAAUGCUAUGUUAGUUUCUUUACCAUAAGCCGCCUCAAGACGUUUUAGAGAAUUUGACAGUACAUCCUACCAGCCUCUCAACUGUAGACCAUGUGUAUGGCAUUGUGUGGGCAAGCGGUUUGCUGAUGUCAAUGUUGUGAACAAAAUGCCCAGUGGUGGUGGGGUUACGGUAUGGGUAUGCAUAAGCUAUGGACAACCAAGACAAUUGCAUUUUAUCGAUGGCAAUUUGAAUGCACAGAGAUAUUGAGAUCCUGAGGCCCAUUGUCGUGCCCUUCAUCCGCCGCCAUCACCUCAUGUUUCAGAAUGAUAAUGGACGGCUCCAUGUCGCAAGGACGUGUACACAACUCCUGGAAGCUGAAAAUGUCAUAGCUCUUCCAUGGCCUGCAUACUCACCAGACAUCCCACCCAUUGAGCAUGUUUGGGAUGCUCUGAAUCAACGUGUAUGACAGCAUGUUUCAGUUCCCACCAAUAUCCAGCAACUUCGCAGAGCCAGUGAAGAGGAGUGGGACAACAUUCCACAGGCCACAAUCAACAGCCUGAUCAACUCUAUGCGAAGGAGAUGUGUCGCGCUGCAUGAUGCAAAUGGUGGUCACACUAGAUACGGACGGGUUUUAUGAUCCACACCCAUACUUUUAUGUUUAAUUAAGGUAUCUAGGACCAACAGAUGUAUAUCUGUAUUCGCAGUCAUGUGAAGUACAUAGAUUAGAGCCUAAUUGAUUUAUUUUAAUUGACUUUCUGUAGCUCAGUAAAUCUUUUAAAUUGUUGCAUGUUGCGUUUAUAUUUUUGUUCAGUAUAGUAGAUCAUAGUUACAUUGUUUUGUUAAUGAACACCCUUUUUAGUACUUUUUUCAUUUCAUUUCAAAUAAUAUUACUGUAUGCUGAAUCUCCUGGUAACAACUGAUGGUGACAAAGCCUACGAAAGAGAAAUACAAGUUAUCAGUCAGCGAAUUGAUCAGUCUGCCAUCUGAAUGGUCUGAAUUGUAUGGCUCAAAUCUUGAUUGUGUACUCUAAUACAAAAUUAUUCAGUCAGUUAUCCUCAGAAAAUGGCUACAACUGUUUCCAUCUGAACUAGGGGAGGCAUAGCAAAUACAUAGUGCAUUCGGAAAGUAUUCAGACCCCUUGACUUUUUCCUCAUUUUGUUACGUUACAGCCUUAUUCUAAAAUUGAUUAAAUAAUUUCCCCCCUGAA